CAGCCUGGGCCAACAGCAGUACAGCCGCGGCCGAGCAAAGCCUGCCACUUGGAAACAGAUCGCUGCAGAGCCCGGCUUCGCGGUGCUGCCCCACGGCGGCAGAGAGAGGCUGCUGGAGAGCCGGCGCGGCGGCUGCAGACUGCUGCGCACUCACUCACGCGGCCCGGGAGCCCCGAGAGCCCCGCUCCGGCACGCGCCAGCAGCGGCUUGCGCCUUUCCGUGCCUCAGGGCUCCCAGCUUCUCCCCCUUCACGCCGGCUCUUCAGGGCAGCGGCGGCUCGAGGAGCAGCAUGAAUCUGCGGCUCUGCGUGCAGGCGCUGCUGCUGCUCUGGCUCUCCUUGACUGCGGUGUAUGGAGUGCCCCUGAUGCAGCCUCCUGACGGGAAGGAGCUGGAGGAAGGCAAUGUUCGCUACCUGGUGCAGCCCAGGGCUUCGAGGAAUGGACCCUGGCAGGGAGGCCGGAGGAAAUUUCGCCGCCAGCGGCCCCGCCUCUCCCACAAGGGCCCCAUGCCUUUCUGAAGCAGGACUGAAGGGGCCCCCAGGUGCCCACCCCCUGCGGUUCUCUCUACUCCACAGUUUGAUCAGCUUCUCUGGAGACCUCACAUCCAUUCAGCUGUCGUUUUGCACCUGUUCUAGCUGCUGAUAGUCCCAGCUCUUCUAGCCCACCAGCUUCCCCUAAUGGUGUGGUCCUGCUCCUCAUUCAGAUAAUUCCAUUUCUCUCAUAAGGAUCCAUGUAGUCCAUCUUUCUGGCCCUUCCCUGGACUGAUUUUGGAGACCCAGCUUCUCCCUGGCCUGCUGUACACCCUCGUCCCUACUUUACCUAUUUAAUGCCCCCACCCUUCAGCUAGCUCUUCCCUCCUCAAGUCUGCCCUGGAAUCUGGAUGGAAACACUCUCUUCUUCAGUGGACUCCUGCAGAUCCGUAUUUUCUUGUCAGUCGGACACUCACUCAGCCACCAGAGAGGAAUACAAAGAUGUGCAAUGAGAGAUUCUAGUUAGAGGGGCUGGGUGUUGGGAUCCAGAGAGGGUACAUUGGGGAAACUGAAAUGGGGAGAAAUGGUCUUCUGGUGAAGUGGGGCGAGGCACUGCAAAACAGGAAUAGCCUCUUCCUCAUCCCUGUGGCUUCAUUCAGGAAGAAAAGAAGGAGAGGCUCUCUGAAGUACUUUGGUACUUCUGUCACCUUAUUCUGUCUCCUAACACAUUCUUUCUCUCUAUCCUCUACAACUAGUUCAAGCUCCAGGUCACGUGGGAAGGGUGCCGGGCCUACUGUGGCUCUGUACCCUCCCAGGAGUGAAUGCCAAAUAGGAAGGUUGUUUUUGCCAAGAAUCCCAGUAUAUCAGAGCUGAAAGGACCCUUGGAGAUUACUUAGCUCAACCUCUUUAUGCCAAAGCCUGUGAAAACAGAGUCCUGGAGUGAGGAGUGACCUGCUCAGGGUUUCUGCUGAGUCAGAAUGGGGACCAGGUCUCCAGAUUCCCACUUGAUGAUGUCCUCUUCCCUCUUAAUGAUGUCUUCAAAACAAAUGUAGUGCCUUUUGCUGGGGUUAUGGCUGGGAGUGUCUGGGAAGGGAAGGGAGAGGCAAGCUGGCUGUGAGCUGCCCCGUUGUGGGGAUGGAGCUGCUCCCACCUCUCUUGCCUUCCCCUGCUGCUCCAUUCCCAACCUGGGCCAUAUGGUUCCAUAACUGGCCAGCUGCCCCUCUUCUGACAGCACUCCCAUGCCUGGGGGCCUUUAACAGGGGAGCUCAGGCACUGGGAUUAAUGUUCAGACCCAAUAUUGGUUGUCAAAUGCCGGAAGUAGCCUUAAAUCAUUGAACCCAAUGGCCUCCCCUUCGUGUUGAUUGGACCCUCUUUCCUAGUGGACUUCCUUGGGGAGCAGAGGGCAGAGAGUGGCAAAGAAAGGGAAGGCAAAGAAGGAGAGAUGGGAGGAUGUACAGGUAGGGUUGCACUCCAUUCACCAGGGCCUGUCUUUCCUGAGGGGCCUCUCAGCCCUUCCCUCUUGGGACCCUCUUGCCUUUGCCUGUGCAGAUUUCCUUCCCAGAUGCUUUCCAAGAGGGAGAAAAGGGAAGACAGAAGCUCAAUGCCCACUUACAUAUAUCUGGGGCAGAGGGAGUCAGGGCCCCCCAAGUCCCACAAUAACCCCAAUGUUCACCUGCCCACCUCCCCUCAAGUCCUUUCCCCUCUGCUGCUGCUAAUGCUGCUGCUGUUCUGCUGCUGCCGCCAUUGCCUCAAGGCCCCCCAGUAGGGACCUUGCCUUCUUAUUCUUCCUUCCUGCGUCUCCUGCCUCAUCAGCCUGCCAUGACCUAUAGCCAACCCAGCCCCAUGGGGAAGGGAAGAAGAGAGGGAGGAUGGCUGAGAGAGAUAGGAGACAGAGGGCAGAGGAGGGUAGUGGGUGGGCUAAGGGUGCUCUCUUAUUUAAAGUGGUUGUGUAUGAUUCUUAUACUAAUUUAUACAAAGAUAUUAAAACCCUUUCCAUUAAGAAAUUGUCCCCUUCCUGUAAUUGUGUUUCCUGUGUUUGUAAAGAUUGAUCUGUGUAAAUAUGUCUUUAUAAUAAAGAGUUAAAAGCUGA